CGCUUCCGGGUUGGGGUUCGCGGCGUCUGCAGGAGCUGAGUGAGAGCCAGCGCGCAGCGGCGGUGGGGGCGGGGGAGCGGCGACGUUCCCUGCCAGCCGGGUCCCCUCUAGGUGGCCGGGUGGGCUGGCCGCGGCAGGACCCCGCUUGGCCCCGACAGAUUUAAGCCUCUUCAGCGUCUGGAGAAGAUGGCAGAGACAACACCGGAGUCUUCUGCUCAGCUUGUGCACUCAGACACGCACAGUGACACCGUCCUGGCUAGCCUCGAGGACCAGAGGAAGAGAGGCUUUCUUUGUGAUAUUACUUUAAUCGUGGAGAAUGUGCAUUUCCGAGCCCACAAAGCCUUACUCGCUGCCAGUAGCGAGUAUUUCUCGAUGAUGUUUGCGGAAGAGGGCGAGAUUGGCCAGUCUAUCUAUAUGUUGGAAGGCAUGGUUGCAGACACCUUUGGUAUUCUGCUGGAAUUUAUCUACACAGGCUAUCUACAUGCCAGUGAGAAAACUACAGAGCAGAUCCUGGCCACUGCUCAAUUCCUGAAAGUCUACGAUCUGAUAAAGGCGUACACAGACUUCCAGACGCACCAUAGCUCCCCAAAGCCACCGGCUCUGAACACUGGUACCCCAGUCGUCGUUAUUUCUAAUAAGAAGAAUGAUCCUUUAAAACGAAAACGGGGAAGACCGAGAAAAGGCCGUAGCGUGCAGGAGGGGAAAUCAGAACUAGCUGCAGAGGAGGAGAUGCAGCUAAGAGUGAACAAUUCGGUUCAGAACAGACAAAACUCUGUGGCUAGAGAAGGGGACGGUGUGGAACCGAGUGAACAGAUGCCAAAAGAAAAGAACUUGGAGCCUGCAGGUGAGCCAGGGAGAGUGGAGGAGCUGCCUGCCGAAAAGGAUGAGAACUGUGACCCCAAGGCUCGGGAUGGACAGGAUAGCCUGAGUAGGUACAGCAAGCGGAGGAUCCGGAGGUCUGUCAAGCUUAAAGACUACAAACUCAUUGGAGAUGAAGACGACCAGGCUUCAGCCAAGAGGCUGUGUGGAAGAAAAAAGCGCGCCAAUGGUCCCGAGGCCCGCUGUCAAGACUGUGGCAAAGUCUUUAAGUAUAAUCACUUUUUAGCCAUCCACCAGAGGCGCCACACUGGGGAACGACCAUUCAAAUGUAACGAGUGUGGAAAGGGCUUUGCCCAGAAGCACUCCUUGCAGGUCCACAGCAGGAUGCAUACGGGGGAGCGGCCGUACACCUGUACUGUGUGCAGCAAGGCACUGACCACCAAGCACUCACUGCUGGAGCACAUGAGCCUGCACUCAGGGCAGAAGUCUUUUACCUGUGAUCAGUGUGGAAAAUAUUUCAGCCAGAAAAGACAGCUAAAGAGUCAUUAUCGAGUCCAUACAGGCCACUCACUACCAGAAUGCAGCCACUGCCAUCGAAAAUUCAUGGAUGUGUCUCAGCUAAAGAAACAUCUGCGAACGCACACAGGCGAGAAGCCAUUUACCUGUGAAAUCUGUGGGAAGUCUUUCACAGCAAAGAGCUCCCUCCAGACCCACAUCAGAAUCCACCGAGGAGAAAAGCCAUACUCCUGCAGCAUCUGUGGCAAGUCCUUCUCUGACUCCAGCGCCAAGAGGAGACACUGCAUCCUACAUACCGGCAAAAAGCCUUUCUCCUGCCCUGAGUGUAGCUUACAGUUUGCUCGCUUAGACAAUUUGAAGGCUCACUUGAAAAUUCACAGCAAAGAGAAACACACAUCAGAUUCUAGCAGUGUUUCUGGCAGUAAUGCUGACGAGGUCCGGAACAUUCUUCAGCUGCAGCCAUACCAGCUCUCCACCUCAGGAGAGCAGGAGAUUCAGCUGCUGGUAACCGAUUCUAUGCAUAACAUUAACUUCAUGCCAGGCCCCAACCAGGGGGUCAGCAUCGUACCUGCUGAGAGCUCUCAGAGCAUGGCCACAGACCCAGCUGCUAAUCUUGCCCUGCUCACACAGCAGCCUGAGCAGCUGCAGAGCCUGAUUCUUUCCGCUCAGCAGGAGCAAACAGAGCACCUUCAGAGCCUUGGCAUGAUUGGAAGCCAGAUGGAGGCCUCCCAGCCGGAGCCAGUGCAUGUCAUCACACUUUCCAAGGAAACGCUGGAGCAUCUACACGCCCACCAAGGGCAAACAGAGGCGCUCCAGUUGGCAGCGGCUACUUCCGAUCCAGCCCAGCACCUACAGCUGACACAGGAGCCUGAUCCACCACUACCUGCUCCACUAGGCCAGGAGCAGAGCUGACCCAAGCACAUGUCUGACUGUUCCACUGGACCCUUCUCCUGGGCCAGUAGUGAUUGGCUGGUCCUUUGGGCUACCAUCUUACAGAUUUAAAGACGUGAUAGCUAACCACCAGGUUAUUUAUAGUGGACUCCAUUGGGGCAGAAUCUGUGUUGUUGGCAUUGCAGAUCUAUCUUACCUGUAAUACCAAUUCAUAUUUAGCAUUUAAAUAUUGAUGAGGGGCUCCACAGUCAUGUAUGUACUUUGUCUCUAAAGAUGGGUAUUUUCUCUGGGGAGCACUGAUUUAGACUUUUCUGUAAGAGUUGAAUGUUCGUGGCCAUAGAGUGUGGUCUUCUUUAGAACAAAAAGGUAUGCGUAGGUUGACUCUUCUGGUUUGGUGGUUGGUUCCAUUCUGUUAUUUCUCUUAGGCAGUGUACAUGCCAGUCUAAAACAAGUCAGGACUGACUGUACCCGAUUACAUCAAUCAGGAGAUUCCCCUCCAGUAGCUUUUCUGCCCUAAGAGAGCACCCCUUGAAUUUUAUCUUUGUGGUACGGUGGGCUGAUCAUGUCUCACUGAGGGUGGAUUCAGAUUCGAACACCACACUCAUGAUACAGCAGCAAAAGUGUGCUUUUCUGUUGUUUGUACUCCCAGACAGGGUUUCUCUGUGAACAGUCCUGACUGUCUUGUCACUCGUUUUGUAGACCAGAUACCCUCGAACUCAUAAAGAUCCGCCUGCCUCUGUCUCACAAGUGCUGGGAUUAAAAGUGUGAACCACUACCAUUUGGCACAAAUUGUACUUUUAAAAUUUUUGAGUUCAACUUUUCUGCAAAACUUGGAUUUAUACAUUUUUUAAAGAAGCAGGCUGUUAAAUUUUUAAUUAAAAUGUCUCCAGAGUAUGAAACUAAAUCAAGAUACUCAUUCCAAAUAAACCAAAUUUUGUUAGAUAAUGACUUGAUUUUCAUGAAAAAGGAUCCUUAAUUACCUGGAUAGAAAGUUUAUUCAGUGUAAGGCCUAAAUACACUACUGUAGCCUACUUGAUCUCAAAAUACUGAUUUGCAUGUCCAGUCUUAGAACUUCCUAGAUGUGGAAGUGUACACUAAUCUAUUUUUCUUAAUACUUGAUGAAAUCCAUCAACACACCACUUAAUUUUGAGCUUCAGAGUGGAAGUAACCCACCUGUCCCUAUGAUUGUGUGCCUUUCAAACCAUCACCAAAAGAUUAAAUUAUGUUUGCUUGUUUUCAGGAUCACUGCAUCUACUUGAAUUCUUUGACUUUUAUCUCUCAUAAAGCUGGCAGUGAUGUUCGAGAAAGAGAUGAGGGUCCUAGUAACAUUAUGGGGUAGGAAGUGGGUUCAAAAUCAACAUCUUUUCCACAACAGUUGUUUGCUUAGCUUAGACUGCUCGUAUUCCCACCGAAAUCCAGAUGUGUUUGCAUCCUGGAUAUCUACAGAAAUACACAAUUUUUCGGGUUGGAGAAAAGAUGAAAGUAUUUUUGUUCCAUACUUACGAAGUUGUAUUUUAUUACCUAUAAUUUACAAAUUGAAUUACCAAAGUGGUAGACACGUAUCAACUAAAGUAAUAUGAAAUUGGACCUGAAUAGAGUCGAUUUUUUACAAAUACUGUUUUACUUUAGUAUUUUAGACUCUUGAUUUAGUCAUUUAAGUCGUGUAUUCCUUGUGUGUGAGUGUGGGGUGUGUGUGUGUCUGUGGAGGUCACAGGAGGACACUGGGUAUCCUGGUGUCACUGCCUUAUUUCCCUGAGAUGGGAAUCCGGACGCUGGUGUCCAGCAAGCCUCAGCCAUCCUCCUUUUCUACCUCACAGCAUGGGGGUUACAAGCACACAUUCCUGGAUUUGACCGGGUGCUGGGACCCAUGCUCAGGUCCUCACAUGUGUACAGCAAGUGCUCUGACCCACGGAGCAUCGCUCUAGUCCCUCUUCAUUCUUAGAACACAAAAGACUUUAUGACCUCUUCAAAACUUCCUAAUACUCAUUUUCUCAAGAAUUCUACUUUGUAUUAAAGAAAAUUGAAAUUUUCUCACCCUAGACACCUGGGUAACCAUUCAGAAGCAUGGUUAUAUAGCUGUUGGUUUGCUUUUGGUGUUGGACUCAGUCCAUACAAGUUAAAUUUAAUUUACUUUAUAACAGUCUAUCUCUGCACUAAGAAUAUAGCAUGAAUCAGGCCUAGUGGUGCAGGUCUAUGUCCUGGGAGACAGAGGUGGAGACAGGAGGACCUUGAGUUUAAGGCUAGCCUGAGCUACUUAGACCCUGCAAAAGAAAACAAGGCCUGGGCAUGUAGUCAAAGUAUGUCCCUGGCAUGCACAAGACUGGGCUCUGUCCUCAGCACUG